AUGGACUGCAUCAGUAAUAAUGGGACUCGCUGUGCUGAUCCCUGUGAGCCCCACACCAUACUGAAUGAUGACUGGCGUUCAAUCAAUUACACAUCGACUGAGAUCAUACACUGUGACCAAGAUAUUAACUGGCAAAACAGGUAUCGCCUGCUUCUGGGCCAAAACAGUGCUCAUAUUCUAGAGAGGUGUGUAGGUGAAAACAAGUGUGGAACCCAUGCCACUAUGUGGAUCACACAACCUCAUCUCACACACUCAGAUGUAAUUGUAAAUCGCAGAGUGUGCAAUGCCUUCAGCAUCCAGGUCAAGCUCUACUCUGGAAACGUCUACAAACUUAACGUCACCAAUGCACCUGAUACAACAGCUCCGUACUUCAGCACCUCUCAGGGACCAACUAACAUCACCGCCACAACAGCAGCAGGCAACAGCACAGUUUCACCCCCUCCACCUGAUGCAACACCUCCGCACUUCAGCACCUCUCAGGGACCAACUAACAUCACCGCCACAACAGCAGCAGGCAACAGCACAGCAGACGAGGGGCAGGUCCGUCUGGCCGAUGGAGGAAACAGCUCCUGCUCUGGUAGAGUAGAGAUCUUCCACCGUGGACAGUGGGGGACGGUGUGUGACGAUGCCUGGGGCCUGCUCGACGGCAGCGUGGUGUGUAGACAGCUGGGCUGUGGCAGCGUUCUGUCAGCACCACAAUCUGCACACUUUGGACAGGGCAGUGGACCCAUCUGGUUGGAUGAUGUCAUGUGCACAGGCAACGAAUCAAAGCUCAGCGAGUGCAGACACACAGGGUUUGGAUCUCACAACUGUGGUCACAAUGAGGAUGCAGGUGUCGUCUGUGAAGCUGCUCAACAAGUGAGGCUGGUCAACUCUAGCAACCGCUGCUCUGGCAGAGUGGAGGUCUACCAUGAUGGACAGUGGGGGACGGUGUGUGAUGAUUCCUGGGACUUGAGGGAUGCCAGCGUGGUGUGUAGACAGCUGGGCUGUGGCAGCGUUCUGUCAGCACCACAAUCUGCACACUUUGGACAGGGCAGUGGACCCAUCUGGUUGGAUGAUGUCAUGUGCACAGGCAACGAAUCAAAGCUCAGCGAGUGCAGACACAGAGGGUUUGGAUCUCACAACUGUGGUCACAAUGAGGAUGCAGGUGUUAAUUGUGAAGUUCAGCGCCCUCCAGCCCUGCCUUUUCAGCUUAUUUGUGGCCGUGAUAAACUCCAAGUGGGGCUUGGUUUGCAUUUAUUUACACCAUCUGGUUUGAACGCUUUCUCUGGCAACCUGGUAGCCCUCAACUGCUCCUGGGUCAGAGUGCAGGAUGACGUCAUCUGGUAUGAAGUGGAGGCCACGGCAGGUGCCUGUGGAAACACAUUGAGGACCAACGGCACACAUGCUAUCUACUCCAAUAUUAUAUUCUUCUACCCAUUAAACAACGCAUCCUUCUCCCGUCCUGUGAGUCUUCCCUUCUCCUGCGUGUAUCCCCUGGACACAGACGCCAGCCUGAAUGUGGCUAUCAGACCAGUCCUGGAGCUGGCAAGUGGCGUUUCAGGCUCGGGUACCAAAGCAAGAGCCUCCAUGUCUCUCUUCCGCAACUCCAACUACGCAGUGGCGUAUCCAGCAGGCCAGGUCCUACUGCCGGUGGGCUCGCCGUUGUACGUGGGUGUGUCUGUGGAGGAGAGAGAUCCAAGCUUCACAGUUGUUCUGGAGGACUGCUACGCCACGCACUCAGCAAACCUUGACGAUUCCACGCGUUACCUUCUCAUCCAGAACAAGUGUCCCUCUGACCGCCGGCAGGUGUCAGUGGUUGAGAGCGGCUUGUCCCACCGGGCUCGUUUCUCUGCCCUGUUCUUCCUGUUCCAGAAUGAAUACAGAGACGUUUACCUUCAUUGCAGCCUCAGUCUGUGUGAAAACAGGAGCCUCUCUUGUGUUCCAAAUUGCAAUCGUAGGACCUAUCGCUCUGUUUCUAACUCUGAUCCUCUGAAUACCCUCACCGUUGGACCAAUCAGUUGGGACAAGUCGCCUGAGUGAGCUGGUAAAGAGCAUACACUUCCAUAUUGAG